UAUAUAACUCUGUGGUCUUGAUACAUGUCAUAGACUUUAGAACAUCAGUGUGUGUGUGUGUGUGUGUGUGUGUGUGUGACAGGAUUUGGGCUACUUCAGUGAAUUUGCGACUUUUAGGGAACCCUUGUGCUACUUUUGAUGAGUUUGAUCUGGCACCACUGGCGAAGGACGGCGCCGUUUGGACCAAAACAACGCUGCUCGAUCGUUCCUUUGGUAUCAUGGUUUACGGCUCUACGUGCAACAACUCUACUAUCUGUAUUCCACAAUCCCCACUUUAUUAAGGUGGUGACCCCCCAGUUCACAACCCACAAUGUCACUACAACGCUCCGUUGGUGGCAUAGGAGAUGAGGAUUGCAGGGUGUUCAGACUCGUCAAGAUACUGGCUAGUGAAGGUCGUCUUGCUCUUCACUUUGUAUUCAAGAAGGGAUGCAAGAAAGAAUCCACAGAGACACUAGGAGACUACUUAAAAAAGAAGAAACACAUGAGCAAUAAGGAUUACAAAAAAAAAUUUGACUCUACGCAGCAAGCCAAAAUAGAUAAGGAUUAUUCUGGAAAGUCUUACGAUGUUAGCCUUCUUUUUGCUUGCAUCAAGUGGGGCUGUGAUCAGCUUGCAGAAGCAAAUGAUGAUAAAUGGCGAGAAGGGCAAGAAAACUUGGAAUCCCUCUGCACAAAAGUUAAAAAUAUGAGGAAUGGAUUGUUUCAUGGGAAGGGAAUACAUAAUGAUGAUGUUAUGAAUGAACUGUGCGAAGACAUUACAAAAGCAUUAGAGAAAAUAUAUAAAGCAGCUGGGAGUAAGUAUAGAGUGUCUGAUGAUGAAGUUCAAAGUUCAUUUAUGGAAAUGAAUAAACAGGUGCAUCAUAUUAUGAAAGUGCGCCUAGGAGACGAAGAUUAUAAAGAGCUGUUAAAGUUUAGAGAAGAACGAAAGAAAUCCAUUCUUGAAAUUGGGAACAAGGAGUUGCCAGAGCAAUAUAAAGAUAUAUCAAAAAUUGAUCCAGCAUCCUUUGUGACGGGGAGAGAACGACUGCUUGUAAAAAAUGUAUUUACUAAGCUUGAAGUCAUAUGUGAGAACAUGGAUGAAACUUAUGAAGUAGGGCAUGAGGAGCUACUUGUGGUGAAGACUGAACAUGCGGAAAAGCCAACAGUCAUAAUAGUGGAAGGUGAUGCAGGAGCUGGCAAAACCACACUAACAAAACUGAUCCUGUCAGAUUGGGCAGAAGAAUCCUCCAUUUUUGAAGGUCUCAAACAGUAUGACUUGGUUUUCCAUGCUGAAGGAAAAAAAAUGAUCUCCUCUUACUUACAGCUAAUUCAGGGCCUCCUGCCAACAGCUUCAUAUAAAUUUGAUGAUGCCGACCUAGUUAGGUCUGUACUGCAGCUGAAGGUCUUGCUUGUCUUGGAUGGCUUUGAUGAACUAAAUACAGAGACAGAAAAGCUUAUCAAAGAACUAAUACAUAAACAAGUACCAAGUAGCAAAGGUCGCUUACAACUCCUGAUCACCACAAGGCCCAGCAAGGUCCCUGAUCUUUGCCGUGUUCUUGGUGCACACACUAAGAAGAUUCAAAUGAAAUUAAGAGGAAUAUCUUUGGACAAAAGAGUGGAAUUUGUAACAAAAUUACACGAUGAAAUGAUUAAAGAGAAACAAAGUAAUCAAGACACCAAAGAGCUGGUUGUCCUCUUGAGACAGUCCCAGGCUCGCCUUGGUGAGCACUAUCGACUGCCUCUUAAUCUCACACUUCUCACCUACCUCUGGGCCUCUGACCCCACCAAAGUAAAUCAUGAAACAACCUCAACUGGCCUCUACAUUGCCUUCCUGGAGCUGAUUGAGUCCCGCUUGCAGACACGACUCCAGGAACAGUUAGGCUGUGUGACACUGCCCGAAAGUAGAAGUAAAAAAGUAGUAAGGGAGUUUCAGAAAGAUUUGUACAGAGUUUGCAUGGACAUGCUUCUAUCAGACUCAAUGCAGCUCUCUUCUGAAUCAAAAAAAACACUAGAAACGACGUGUGAAGACUUAGAAGUCCCUUUCAAUGAAAUGAUUGAAGCCUUUCUUGUAGUUGAAAAGGAGUGGACAAGCAGUGGCUACAAAACUGAGCUGACUGUGCCUCACAAAAGCAUUUUAGAAUUUUAUGCUGCAAAUCAAUUCAUGACACAUAUUAAUGAACCAAAGAAUGAUGAAUCAGAGACAAGGGAACUUGUAUCUAUGUUGAAGAAACGUGGCAAAACAAUGGCUGAAAUAGAUGAGUUCCUUGGGAGCUCUGAAAAGGAAGAUGUAAAGUCGCUGGAAAAGAUUUGCGAUGAUCUUCUAAAAACACACCGAAACCUGGCCAAGUAUGAUAACAUGUUCCUACACCUGACAGGUCUGUUGACUCAUCAGUGCCCUGACAUGUUACAUAGGUAUGCUGAGGAGCUUGUUGAUAUACUAAAGGAAGCUGAAUUCAAGGGAACCAAGUGGCUUGAUAUUCUUGUGGAAGCCAAAUGUGAUGACACGCUGGCCACCCUCCUAGCUCCUCUAAAUGACCUUCAACUCAUAAUCCGCGAUGGCCAUAUGGGAGCUGCCCUUGAACUGUUCAAACACCUAGACACCAGCAUCUCUGUGCAGGUUAUUCUGGAGAAUGAAGUGACCUACAUUCCACGCUUGGAUGAAAUGUUGUGCCAGCUCUCUCAGAGGGACUGUGCAGUGCAAAUUUUCUUCAAACACCAAUGGAAAAAUAAGGAAGGUGGAUCUUCUGAUGAAUACCUUGGCAUGCUGCAGCCUAAGGGGUGCAGUAAUCAAAGGUGCAGCUUGACUAAAUUCACAGGCCGUCUGAGCACACUUUCCUGCCUGCCAGAGACCACAACAGAGUUGAAGAUUGCAUUUGCCAACACAGAACAUGCCAAGCAACUUCUGGUGGAACUGAAAGACUUGGUAAACAAAAGAAGUGGUAUUACAUAUAUUGGAAUCCACGUGAUGUCUGAGGUCAGGCCUGAGGGCCUGACGCCUCUGCCUAUUCUAAAACCCCUUAAGGGUGGAGAGUGUGGUACUCUUUGGCUCUCUGAGGUAGAUAAAGACUGGCAGAUGAAGUGUGGAGUGAUUCGUGCACUCCUUCCAGAUGGAGGGAUAUUCAACUCCAUUAUGUUCCCUCAAUGCAACUUUUCUGCAAAGCAGUGCACUGACAUCCUUAAGUGCCUGAAGGAACUAGAAGUAAAGGUGAACAAGAAGGGAGGUAUUCGCUUCUUCUCCAAUUUCAAGAAAAAGGAACAAAGCGAGCUUAAGACAUUUGCCAGGCAAAAUUUUGGCUGUGCCCUGUACUGCUCUGACAAUUCCAGUGUAUGGUAGCCUGACUGGUGGGAACAGAAGCCAUCAUGUGACAACAUAUUGCAGAGUUCGGGGCACGGACCACCAGGAUUACUGCAACAUCGGCAAAAACAAGGCCAGUGACCCUGGUAUUGCCAAUGGGUGCUCCUCAAUGACUCCAGUCCACAACUCUGCCCAGUACCCAGUCCAUACAAGUGUUGAAAAGUGAUGGGGCAAGGACACAGCCCUGCCUCACUCCCGCAUUCACAGGAAAGAAGCUGGACAAUCCCCCACACACUCCACAGCACUCUCAGUCCCAGGAUACAGGCCAGUCAGCGAACCAAAUGUCCUUGAAGGAAUCCCAUGGAGUCGCAUAAGAUCCCAGAGUGCCUCGUGAUGUACUGACUCAAACGCCUUCUUGAGAUCGACACAGGCUGCAAGCAUCCCCUGUCGAAACUUGCGUUGGAGCACGUGAGUACAUGAAGCGCUAGGAUACGGUCAGUUGUCGACUUACCAGGCAUGAACCCAGACUCUUCAGGUCUCUGCAGCUUCAGCAGCUGGCUGCAAAUUCACAUCAGCAAUAGAUGGGAAAGCACCUUGCCUGGCACACUGAGUAGUGUAAUAUCACAGUAGUUGUUGCAAUCCUGACACGGUACCCUUUCCCUUUCUAGAUAGGGACGAUCAACCCCCUCUUCCAGUUGGGAGGAAUGGUACCAGAUUGCCAUAUGGCAGUCAAGACUACGUGCAACCUGCAGGUCAUAACCUCUCCUCCAGCUUUUAGCAGCUUUGGACUGAUGUUACAGAUACCAGAUGUUUUUCCUGUCCUCAACUUUGCCACAGCCUCUCUGACCUUGUCAAGAAAGGUUAUACUUUUGUUGAUGAGUGGAUCAGCAUCCACCAUCUGCAACCCAGCAACUGGAAGCUGCCCACUCACCCACUCCACUGUGUACAACUGCUCAAAGUACAGGUAACUGUCGAUUUACGCGUGUUUGGUUUACGCGUUUUUUAAAUAACGCAGGAUCCAAAAUCCAAAUAAAUGUUUAAUUUACACGUUUUUUUCCAUUUAUACGCAAUAUUUUAAGGAGUGGCCACUAAAUGUCUCACGCAACUGGACUCACAUGGCGCCGCGGCCACAUAGCUGAGCUCAGUUCUUCCCACGCGCCACUUGAACAACAAUACAGUACCCACGCUGCCACGCUACUCAACAACAGGGGUGGGCAGGUAUCGGUACUAACGGUACCAGCUAUACGGUACGGUACCAGUACCAGACUGCUCGGUACCGGUACCAAUACUAGCCAGUCGCUCAUGGUGUCUCUCAUUUCUUCAUCACACAAGUGAGGCUGAGACCGAGUGCUUGAGUGGAUAUCUAGGUGAUAUGGAUAUUCUCUCUCUCUCUCUCUCUCUCUCUCUCUCUCUCUCUCUCUCUCUCUCUCUCUCUCUCUCUCUCUCUCUCUCUCUCUCUCUCUCUCUCUCUCUCUCUCUCUCUCUCUCUCUCUCUCUCUCUCUCUCUCUCUCUCUCUCUCUCUCUCUCUCUCUCUCUCUCUCUCACUGAAUGAAGUGAAUAUUUAUUUUUCGAUAGAAACCUUCAAACCUACCUCUUUUUUGAUUUACAUUGUUUUUUAUUUACACGACCUCUUCAAGGACACAAUACUCGCGUAAAUCGAGAGUUACCUGUACUCAGCCCAACAAGCCUUCUGCCCAUCCAUGUCCAACACAAGGCAGUCAUCAUCAGUUCAGAUAGCACUCACUGAGAGGGAAACUUAAAGCGAAGCUUCUUCAGGGCUCAGUAAACAGGUCAGAGGUCAUUUGCAUUUGAAUGGCCCUCGACUUCCACAAAACCCCAAAUAUACUUCUCCUUGUAUCUCCUCAGGAGAGCCCUAGUCCUAUGCAACAGAGCCCUAUAUUGGUCUCAGCUGGAUGUUGCGCCUACAUGCGCAACGACAUCACUUGCUCUCGUGCCCACGACCUUGACUCUUCUGAAUUUUCCACCAUCUGGCUAAGACUUCAUUGUCAUUCUAUUACUAAAUACAUCUGUGCUGUUUAUCUCUCACCUAACUCGACUAACUAUGUAAAAUUCUUUGACUAUUUCAAUUCUAAAGUGGAGCACAUCUUGACUCACUCUCCCUUCGCUGAAAUCUCCAUCUUGGGAGAUUUCAAUGUUCACCACCAGCUUUGGCUUUCAUCCUCUUUCACUGACCAGCCUGGUGAACAAGCCUACAACUUUGCUCUCCUCAACGACCUAGAGCAGUUGGUUCAGCACCCUACACGUAUUCCCGACCAUCUUGGAGACAGGCCCAACAUUCUAGACCUCUUCCUUACCUCUAAUCCUUCUGCUUACUCUGUCAAACUGUUCUCUCCGUUGGGCUCCUCCGAUCAUAACCUUAUUUCUGUAUCCUGUCCUAUCGCUCCUGUACAUCCUCUGGACCCACCGAAGAGGCAAUGCUUCUGGCAUUUUGCUUCAGCUCGGUGGGAUGACCUGAGGAUGUACUUUUUCGAUUUCCCGUGGAAUGAUUACUGCUUCCAGGAGAGAGACCCCUCUUGUGUGUGCCCAGCACAUCUCAGAGGUGAUUGUCUCUGGAAUGGAGGCAUACAUUCCACAUUCUUUCUCUACUCCUCAUGCUAAAAAGCCUUGGUUUAAUCAUGCUUGUUCUCGUGCUAUUAAAGAUAGAGAGGCAGCUCACAAAAGGUUCCAGAGCCUUCGAACUCCUGCUAACUAUGGCCUUUACAUUUCAGCCUGGAAUCAUGCCAAAUCUAUUCUCCGACUUACCAAAACUUCUUUUAUCAAUAGAAAAUGUCAACACCUUGCUUCUUCUAAUUCUUCCCGUGACUUCUGGCAUCUAGCCAAAAAUAUCUCCUCCAAUUUCACUUCUUCCUCUUUCCCUCCUCUUCUUAACCCUGACGGCAGCACUGCCGUCUCAUCUGUCUCUAAGGCUGAAUUCUUUGCUCAAACUUUCUGUAAGAACUCCACCCUGGACGAUUCUGGGCAUAUUCCUCCUACUCAUCCCCCCUCUGACUCCUUUAUGCCUCUUAUUAAGAUUCUUCCAAACGAUGUUUUCUAUGCCCUCUCUGGCCUCAACUCUCAGAAGGGUUAUGGACCUGAUGGAGUGCCUCCUAUUGUCCUUAAAAACUGUGCUUCCGUGGUGACGCCCUGCCUGGUCAAACUCUUUCGUCUCUGCCUAUCAACAUCUACCUUUCCUUCCUGCUGGAAGUAUGCCUUUGUACAGCCUGUGCCUAUGAAGGGUGACCAUUCCAAUCCCUCAAACUACCGUCCUAUAGCUUUAUUUUCCUGUCUAUCUAAAGCUUUUGAA